AUGUUAUUGAUUUAUUACGGUUUUAGUGGCUUUGAUUUUGGAGGUGGAGGAGAUUAUGGAGGUGGAUUUGAUUUUGGAGGUGGAGGAGAUUAUGGAGGUGGAUUUGAUUUUGGAGGUGGAGGAGAUUAUGGAGGUGGAUUUGAUUUUGGAGGUGGAGGAGAUUAUGGAGGUGGUGUAUCUUAUGACGGAGGUUAUGAUGACAGUACAGGCGACGAUUUUGGAGACACAGACAGCAGUUAUAUUCCUGAUUACACGGCAAAUGACGGCGGCGACGUAAUAUACGAUGGCCAAAACUUUGACGAUGGUGUCGAUCAAACUGAUGACAUUUCUGAUCAAACCGAUGUCAUUGACGAUCAAACUGAUGACAUUUCCGAUCAAACCGAUGACAUUUCCGAUCAAACCGAUGUCACUGAUGAUCAAACCGAUGAUAUUUCCGAUCAAACCGACAUUGACGAUCAAACUGAUGAAAAUGGCGAUGAAACCGAUGACAACAGCGAUCAAACCGAUGACAUCGGCGAUGACACCGACGAAAAUGGCGAUGAAACGGAUGAAAAUGGCGAUGAAACCGAUGACAACGCCGAUGACACCGAUGAAAAUGGUGACACCACAGACGGAUAUAGUGACUCCACUGGAUAUGGUGAAUCAACUGGGUUUAGUGACACAAUUGGGAGCUUCGGAACAACGUUCUCAGGUCCAUCUGAAACCUGGUCGGAUGUCCCGUCUACACCAUCCGGCCCCACCUCGACACCUGGCGCAGGGGACAAUAAGUCCAACAGUGGCAAGACGGGUGGAAAUGGGGGCGGCAAAAGUGGGGGCGGUAAAAUGGGGGGCGGCAAACCAGGCAGUGGAGGAAGGAAACCUAACACGUCGGGCAAAAAGCCACCAGCCAGGUGGAGCGCAGUCAAAUCAUACAACUACAGUUCUCCUAACGGGGCUUCCAUUGCCGUCAGUAUGUUUUACCAACAAGGCACCUGGCGGCUAGAUGGAGACUACGCCUUUCUACAGUCGAAAGUUCGAUAA